AUCAAUCAAUAUGGAAGACAGUUUACUAAUGGUCGUCCCCUACCAGAACAUCUUCGAGUACAGAUAUUACAACUAGCUUUACAAGGUAUUAGACCAUGUGAAAUCAGUCGACAGUUACAAGUAUCUCAUGGUUGUGUUAGUAAAAUAUUGAAUAGGUACCGUAAAACAGGAAGUAUUAACCCAGGUCAGAUUGGUGGCAGUAAACCUAAAGUUACUACCCCUGAUGUUGUUAGUCGUGUCCGUCAAUAUAAGAUAGAAAAUCCUCAAAUGUUUGCUUGGGAAAUCAGACAGAAGUUAAUACAAGAUGGUAUUUGUACAGAGAAGAAUAUACCUAGUAUUAGUUCUAUAAAUCGUAUUAUUAGAGACAAGGCUAUCACUAAUCGUAAUAGAAGUUUUGAUUAUAUCAGUACAAUUGGAGAAGGAGAAGAGGUUAGUAUUAUGCUUUUGAUCUUUUGA